AUGAAUACACAGCACCUACUUUUUAUAAGAAGGGCAGAGCACCUGGAGGACGUCGAGAACAAGAUCUCUGCAAUUCUCGAGAAAGAUCUUUCUAAAUAUGUAUCUCACGAUGUCAGCACUUUCUACGUUGGCAAAUCUCUGUGGACCGUUACAACACUUGAGCUAGGAGACAUUCCACACCUUGAUCCACAAAUCGAUAAAGCCCCUUUUAUCGAAGAAGCAAGGAGAAGAGAAGGAAUUGUGGGCUUGGGCUCGGGCCCCUACUUGGAUGAUGGCACUUGCAGAAUCGUCCAAUCGCUUAUCAACAAGGCACAGCUACACGUGGAUCCUUUCAAGGCCGUUAAAUACUCAGACGUUUUCAGAUUAGCCGUGAAACGUGGAUCUCCAUUUGCUCUUCUUACUCUUCGAGUCGGAAAUAUUCACAUCCCGUAUGAGCCGGGCUUUCAGAAUCAAACAAUGAGCGACUACUACAAAUUUCAUGCUCAAAAGGUCGUCUCUUCAAUUACCGAGGAAAGCAAUACUAGCGGAGCAGUACACGGAAAAUUGGUUGUCACUUAUAAUCUUCCCACAGCAUACGCUCAGCUCGGCAUAACCAAUGUCGUUGCACCCUCUGCUAGACUACCGGAUGUCUUCAAUAUUCUGCUUAAACAACAUGGAUUGGCAUUCUACGCCAUCUACGUCGAUGUCACCGAUCGAUUUUUCCGAUCCGUGGAAGGCAUGAAGCCUGGAAAUGUCGUCGCUUCCCAAUACUUCGAUAUGCUCGAAGGAUCAAGAGCUAUAGAGAUAGGGAACCUUCGUUUGGAUACAGGGCUUAUCAAAUUGAAACAAGAGGAGAUUAUGUUUGACGCUGCGGCACCUCAAGACGUGGAUAACGUGUUGGGCUCCAUGAACCACAUAACCAUGCUGCUCAUGCUGUGGUUUCUGGGACUGUCAUUACCUGUUACACUCCUCAGUAAUCGUUAUGUUUUGGACUUUUUGCAGAGUUAUCAUCGCAGCGGUGGUCAAUUGGACAAAACAAGCUUGGUGAACCACAGACUUCACAAGGACGGCUUCACGGAACUGGACCUGGACGAAUCGCUAUUGGUCAACAAGGUACUUCGAGCAUUUGUCGCUGGAAUCUGCAAAUUUUCUGGAGUCGUCAGAGAGAUCGCUUUGAAUGUGCUUUAUGACGAAGAGGACUUGACUACAAGAAACAUGGACCUCGAUAUGCUCAGUGCAGUGGACCCAAGUGUUAUUAUAGAAACAAUCGAGGAAGCUAAAGCAUGGGUGCAAGGAAAGGAGAAAUCAGGGCUGCUUAUAGACUACCUAUCCUUGGCAGCUGCAUUGGUGUCCAUUUGUGAUGUUGUCCGCUCGACUAUUAGCUUGUACUAUCCUGGAGAGAAACUUUCAUUUUCAAGCAUCGGAAACAUCAAGGACCUUGCCAAAAAGUUGGAGAACGAGACCCUUGGUCUUGGGCCUGAGCUCUCUGUCUCCAAAUUUGUUCAAACUGAUUGCAACAACAAGCAUAUACCAUAUGACAACUUCCUCGUUGAACAAAAACAGGCCUACACUGACUUGUGGAAGAUGGCUGCCGAGAUCGAAACGUUUGUCACUGCAUUCUCCAAAUUUGACAAUGUUCGCCAGCUCCAGUCUUUCCUUCGCUUCAGCAUGGCCCCUCGCAUGACAGCCGAUUAUAGUUCCGUUGCACGUGGAUUUUACCAGCUUUUCUUCAUAAGAGACGACAAGUCCAUUGUCGGUCUGGAGGAGUCUGUGGGCUCCACAGCAAUAAGGCUCAUGGAGAACUUGAGCUGCGCUGGAACCUCAGUGUUGGAUACCGCUUCUUGGAAAAUUCCUGAGGAGGAUCCGUUCAAGAAAGAGCAAAUGCAUAGAGACGCUCUCUCUCGAAUCGGAGCUCUCCUCGAUGACAUUGAAAAUGCCAUGUACAAAAUGCUCUCCAAUUACGGUAACAACAAGUGCAGACAGAGGCAGUUUGACAACCAGACCAUUGUCAUUUGGGAUACAUUGCAGUACACUUCUGAGAAUCUUGAGCUUUACCUCUUCUCCAAGUUCGCCAUUGGUGAUAGGUUAGCUCCUGAUUCCAUGGAGCCUGCUCUUCCCGUCACAGCAUUUGCAUAUCAUACCAAGCUCAAUGUGAUGCUUGAGACUAUUUUGAGUGGAUUCGAACUAAACUUGUACAAACCUUUUGAAGCCGCUCAAAUGUACUGGUAUGCCUCGUACUUGGCCGAGAACGACCAUGCCAACAUCUCAGUUAGAGUCAAGCAAAUUAAUAACGGAAAACUUGCAUCAGUUCUGAGUUUGGCGAAAAAGAUUAAAAAGGCCAAGGCGGGUCCUAAAAAAGAGGAGUUUAAGAAGUUGCAUAAAGCAUUGACCGAAGCUGCUGUUCCACAGGUCAAGAGUAAUUUGCUGUAUAUCGAGCAGUUCUUGGAGCCUUCGAUUUUGGCUAUCCAGAUGCUUUGCAUUGCGGUCUCCCAAACCUUGCUCUUGUACCAACUGCUUGGUGCAAACAUGGGCAAACCGCCGGCGAUUGUGGACGACGAGCUUUUGUACAAUUUACGUAUGAAGCCAUGGCGCUCAGUGGAGGUGCCAGCAUGUCCUAGCUUCACGGAGUAUCAGGAAGCCACAGAGUUCUACACAUCUUUCGAUAAACUUGGUCCUGAUAUGAAGAAGCAGAGAUAUAUCAACGUUAUUGGAGAUCUCAGGCGGAACUUCAGCGGAUCUUUGCAGCUUUUGAGUGACAUUGUUGAGAAGUUCGACGCUGACUCGAUGAAGCCGUUCUUCAAGGGCUCCGAAAAGGACGCACGUUUGUGGUAUGACAAUAUUCGAAAGGCGUGUGGGGCCUACCUAGAGGAGCUUGAGAGUCUUGAGCUGAAGAUCAAGAGUGAUUCCGUCGAGAGUGAUACUAAGGUGAAGAUCUCCGAAACGUUCCACGAGUACUUCCCCAUCUACACCAUGGUCACGAAGCAGAAAUAG